CACUUAAACGUUCUCUUGAUAAGACUGGUAAAGAAAAGACGUUUUGCAUUUUCACCUUUGCUAGAGUCAAUAUGUUGCCUCGGCUGCUGAUGCCUUCACCGUGAUGCAGUUGACGAUCCAGUUCACUGCCACAUAAGCCCUAAAAUGCCGCUUUUUCUGAUUUUUUUUUUGUUUUGGCUGGAUCUAUCGUCAGGGUUCUAUUCUACUCUCGUUUGCUGCUCUUUAUGGCUCCCACCUUCAAGAUCGCCGUAAUCCAACUCUAUGUCAAGCCUCUCCGCCCUGCCGAAAACUUCGCUCGAGCUGUCAGCUUCAUCCGCGAUGCCGCCGCCCAAGGAUGUCACCUCGCAGUGCUCCCAGAAUUCCAUCUAACAAAUUGGAUCCCCAACGACCCUAGAUUUGUCGCCCUAUGCGCCGACUGGGAGACCUACCUCAAGCAGUACCAAGCCUUAGCCAAAGAAUGCAAUAUCUGCAUAGUCCCCGGAUCGAUCGUCCAGACCAUUCCAGACGGCUCCGCUCUCCCAACCCAACCCAAGCUAGAAAACGUAACCUACUUCAUCUCCAACAACGGCGAGAUUCUCGGCUCGUACACCAAGAAGAAUCUCUGGGGCCCAACAGAGCGUAAGCAUCUGCGAUCAUCCGGAACUAGCCCGCACCAGGUCGUCCAGACUCCGUUGGGUCCGGUGGGGCUGCUUGUCUGCUGGGAUCUGGCCUUCCCGGAAGCAUGGAGGGAGCUCGUGCAACAGGGCGCGAAGAUCAUCAUUGUGCCGACGUUAUGGACGCGGAGCGGCGCCUCGGAUGCCGGUCAUCGGUGGAACCCUUCGGCUGAAUCUUUGUUUCUGGAUAGUGUUCUUACGGCGCGCACAUUUGAGAAUACCUGUGCGGUGGUAUUUGCUAAUGCGGGGGGUCCUCCUGGGCGGAAUUACUGUGGAUUGUCGCAGGUUACGAUUCCGUAUGCGGGGCCGUUGGUGCGUCUGGGGACGUCAAGUGAAGGCAUGGCGGUAGCAGAGCUGGAUAUGGCGGUUUUGGAGGAUGCGGAGGCUAACUACUCCAUUCGGGCGGACAUGGAGCAGGCGGAUUGGCAUUAUAGCUAUGCACGUAAAGGAAAAGAGGAGCCAAAGAGUAAUUUAUGAUUGCAAUGGAAGAAUGUCACUGGUAUGCUGGUUAGUUAUAUGAUUGUGUAUGCUUCAGGUUUGCGUCAAGUAGAUAUACGCUAGAUGGAGACGAUAAAUCUUAAUAAAACCAUGGCAACCUGCAAUGGACAGCAAGCAAGAGAUCUUCUAACAUCAGUAUUGACCGUUGAAAGAAACAGU